AUGGGGUAUGAUAUGGGUAUCAUAUCAACUGCAAUGUUAUUUAUUGCUUAUGAUCCUCAUAUGGAACCAGUAUCUAAUUUUUGGAAUGGUGCAAUUGUUGGUGCACCAGCAGGUAGCUGCAACUUUUGGGGAAUAAGUGUAACAUUAGUACCUAGCCUUUUAUUGCUAAAUUAUUUAAAAGUGACGGUUAUGCGAAAUCAUCGUUAUCAAAUUGACGCUAAAGUAUUUUCAGCUGCUGCCACAGUAAGUACUGUAAUUGCGUCUUUAAUUGCUGACAAUUAUGGUCGCAAAUCUGUACUAUUAUUGUCGUGCACAAUGGAAAUUUUUGGUUCCAUCAUUGGUGGAUCGUCUUUUACAAAAACUACGCUUUUGUUUGGCAGAUUGCUACACGGCUUAGCACUGGGCAUGUUUAUCACAAAAUUUUUAAAUUGUUUUUCUUCAGUUAUAGUGCCACUAUAUAUUGGGGAAUGUUCCCCGGCUAAAUAUCGUGGUUUUCUGGUUACACAUUUUCAAUUGAUGAUCACCUUUGGCUUCUUCGUCGCUUCAAUUGCUGGAGGCAUAUUUUCAUAUUGGAAACCUGAACUGAUGGGCUGGAGAUUGAUGGUUGGAUUUACUGCUCUACCAGCUGCAGUUGAGAUCACAUGCCUGAUCAGGCUUCCCGAAAGUCCUAGAUGGCUUUUUGAGCACGGUAAUCAACCAACUGCAAUCGAGUUAUUACAACGUUUGAAUCGCGAUGAUGAAAUUGCAAGCAAUGAAAUCGCUGAAAUGACAAAAGCUUUCGAAAAUGAAAGAAGAGUAAAAGAAUUUAUUGGAGGGAAACAGUGGGUGUUUCUGAGAAUCAUGAAGACCAAAUAUGUCUUUCGCGCUCUGGGAAUCGCGUCACUUAACCACUUCUUUCAACAGUUUACUGGAAUUAAUGUUUUAAUGUAUUAUGCAGUUAUGAUCUUUCAAGGUAUUGGUUUACUGGGGGUUCAUUCAGUUGUUUGGAUGUAUGUGGCAGUAACAGGUGUUAACUUUUUGGCUACAUUUAUUCCGCUUUUUCUGGUUGAACGCAUUGGGCGUCGUGGUCUGCUAUUGUUUUCGGCGCCCAUCUUGGUUUUCACCCUCUGUCUUACAGCAACGUUCUUCUUGGUUAACAACACCAAGUCAACUCCUACACUUCCACUUGAAGCCACAUAUGGUGGUUAUCAACAAUUUACAGACGCAAUGACAGUAAUGUGCAUGAAAAUCAACAACUGUGAUUCAUGCGUUAGCAAAGAAGAAUGUGGAUUUUGCAAGAAAAAGCAUGACGAUUCAUUCGGGUACUGUCUACCAAUGGAUAAAAAUGUGUCGGUAGGCGAAUCUCGGUCAGCCUUUGGUCCAUGCGCAAACGGUUAUAACAGAAGAUUUGGACCGUUACCGUGGAUAUCAAAUGCUGAAUAUUAUCCGUUUUGGGCCAGAGCAACUUGUGCCUCUGUUGCUUCGUUAAUCAACUGGAGCAGCAAUCUAGCGAUUUCGCUAUCUUAUUUGGGUGUUGUUGAAAAAAUUGGAAAAUAUGGGUUGUUUUAUGUAUACUCUGGAACAACGUUAGUUGCUGUAAUAUAUAUGUAUUUCCUGGUGCCAGAAACAAGGGGAAUAAGCUUAGAAAAAGUUGAUACGCUGUUUAUGACAAAUUCCGAAAAACAUCUGAUUAGUUACAUCUACAGCUUGCAUGAAAUUGGCAAUUCUGUGAUGUCUUGGUCAGCCGCUGAUGAUGGUGAUCAAAGGGAUUGA